CGAGUGAAUAUCGUGUCCGCCAUGUUGGUUUACUUAUUUUUGCGUCGGAUAAAGUCAUGAUUUUUAGCAAUGCCGAAGGACAAGCAUGACAAUAACGGAUAUCGUAGAAACUACGCUAUUAUGAGCUCCGAAGAUGUGGCUGCAGGCAAGAAAUCGCACUGGACAGAACUCGAAAUUACGGCUCCCGUCCGUAAUUUGAGUCCAAAUUUAUGGCAGCUCGAAUUUUUAACAGCAUUAUUUUUAAACGACAAUAACCUUACUAGAAUUCCACCUGAUAUUUCAAGACUUACAAAUCUWAGACAUCUUGAUGUCUCGUCCAACAAACUGCGAAGUUUGCCCGCAGAAAUGGGAGAUAUGGUCACAUUACGUGAGCUCCUUCUAUGCAAUAAUGGCCUCCGAAAUUUGCCAAACGAGCUAGGGAAACUUUUUCAGUUGCAAAAACUUGGACUCAGUGGAAAUCCUUUACCACAGCAAAUAUUAAAUUUAUACUCAGAAAGCAAUGGUACCUCGAAGCUUUUAACCUACAUGCUCGACCAUUUAGAAGUUUGCCAAAGACCACCAGAACGUCAGUGGAUGUCCUUACCUCACAAUCAUCAAAGACAAUCAAAUGGAAGUUUUAGUGUAAUGUGUUACAAUGUAUUGUGUGACAAGUACUGCACAAGGCAGUUAUAUGGAUACUGUCCGUCAUGGGCAUUAGACUGGGAGUAUCGAAAGGUGGCAAUUAUGAAAGAAAUUCUACAUUAUGGAGCUGAUAUUGUUAGUCUUCAGGAGGUUGGGACGGAGCAGUUCUUUCACUUCUUCAUGCCAGAGCUCCAACAACAUGGGUAUGAUGGAAUCUUCAGUGCAAAGAGCAGAGCAAGAACAAUGUCCGARGAUGAGAGAAAACAUGUUGAUGGAUGUGCAAUAUUCUUUAGAAAAUCAAAGUUUGCAUUGGUAAAAGAAUACUUAACAGAAUUCAACCAGAUUGCAAUGGCAAAUGCCCAAGGGUCAGAAGACAUGCUGAAUAGAGUGAUGACAAAAGAUAAUAUUGGAAUAGCRGCAUUAUUGGAGUUGAAAGAUUCAGGGUACAUGGGUUAUGGUGGAGGUCAGCAAGUACUUGUAUCUAAUGCWCAUAUUCAUUGGGACCCUGAGUUCCGAGAUGUCAAGCUUAUCCAGACCGUGAUGUUGAUGAAUGAGUUAACAAGGAUUAUGAAAGAAGCRGUGCCAGGAUACCAACCACACGGAGGUAAGAAUGGAACAACACCAUCCAARCCAAUUCCUGUUGUAAUAUGUGGAGACUUCAACUCUCUACCAGACAGUGGUGUCAUAGAGUUCCUGGACAAAGGCAGAAUACCAGUAGAUCACCCUGACUUCCAGGAAAUGCAGUAUGAAGGGUUCUUGUCCAGGCUAAGCAAUGGAAAUGGUAAAAAUAGUGAGCAGUGUGCAGAGUUAACGCAUGGUUUAAAGUUAAAGAAGGCCUAYGAYGGUGAAAGUCAGAUGCCAUAUACAAAUCUUACGUACGACUUCAAAGGUGUAAUAGAUUACGUCUAUUAUUCCUACAACAGCCUACAACCGUUAGGGCUCUUGUCAUCAGUGGAUCCAGAAUACAUCAAAUCAAAUAAAAUCACGGGGUGGCCRCAUCCUCACUUCCCAUCAGAUCAUCAGGCRUUGUUAGUUGAAUUUGAUGUUUAUGGCACCAUACCACGAUUUCAAGGCUUCUCAUCCAAUAGUAACAGCCUACCGAGGUAGCCGUGUGCAUGUCUGUUAGAGACACAAGAUAAGUGUAAAUUUGUAACUAUAGUCUGUAUAAACGGCAACUUUUGCCUGGAUUUUAUGAGUCUGUACUACACAUCACCCAUAUGYUAUAAUACUUGCGUACAUUCCCUAGGGAUUUAACUGUAUUUUAUUAUUAUUAAUGUCCAUUUUUUCCGUGUCGUGUCUUAUUAUGUUGGUGCUUCAAGAUUUUGCUAAAUUUUGCUAAUAUUUUGGAUUAAUUUGUAUUGGUUAUUUGAUAAAAAAGUCCUCUUUGCAUCUUUCUGUUGCUUGGAAUAAAUUGAGUGUAAAGACAAGAUUGACAAUAUAUGCUUCCUAGUAGUAACAUGACAUACAAGCUCUGUGGAGGUCAUUAGAAUCAGCUCUAUCCAGGAGACAAAACAACAAGCUCUUAUUGCCAAGAGAUGUUUUAUUUUGUACCCCAGAUGAAGCUGUUUUGACCUCACAUGCAAGGGGUCUUUAUACAGUGUAUAGCUAUUCCAAGCCAAGUUGUCAGUAAGAAAGACUAAAAGUUAAUCACCUGACCAUGAGGUACUAUGAGAUGUCUAUAGCUAUCCCAUGAUACCUAGAGGUCAGAUAAUUAAGUUCCAGGCUUUCUCAAGUACUUGUUCAUUUCCACUUACUUUGUUCUUCAGUGGCUGAAUGAUUGCAGAGAGGACACUCGAUUUAAUAUUUUUGGUGCAAUUGGCAAUUGAAGCAAUGSUUUUUCAAUCUAAAAUGGAAGAAUCCUCACAACAGACUUACAGACUUCUUUUAAAAGACUGUAGUGAUUGGCCGUAGGGUUGUCCUGUUUAUUAACUUGUUCUUUGUUUGAAAGAUUUGCAAAUACUGCAGAGAUUGUAAUAUGGCACAAGUAAUGCAAUAAGUUUAAGAACAACAUUUUUUACAUGUUUGGGCAAGUCUAUAGCCCAUAAAUUUAGUUGUUAAUACAUAAUAAUAGCGACACAUAUUUUGUUUAAAAGAAAUUGUAWUGUUUCUAAACAAAAUAAUGUCCAGUCUGUUGUAAUAAGCAAGGCAUCUUAAAAAGACAAACCUACUGCCAAAGCAACGUCUUCAUUGUGUCGUGAAAUUCAAAGUAACAAUGAAGUUUUAAGUCAAGAAGCUUUUGUGCUGGUUUCUUCCAUUGAAUUUUACUCAGUUGGAGAUUUUUUUGUAUGUUUAUAUAUACUAAUGCAUGCCAUUGUGCUUAAUUGGCAUUUUUGAUUUAUUAUUAAUGAUAUUUAUGCAUGUGCGCAUGAGAGAUGUUGCAUCUAAUGCUAUAAUAAUUAGAAACAAUCCUAUGAAGUCUURAAAUAGGAUGAGAUUUGAUCUCUGCUUUUAUAUAUUGCAUAUAAGUGUCUUUUAGCACCAAUGUCUCAGUGUUUUAGUAAUCCAGCUUGCAGUGGAAUGGUUAUUAUUACAUGUACUUUAUAGUGAGUAGUAGAACAUUAUGAAUUCUUUUAACAUUUGGGUCAAUCAAUUUGCAUGCAGAAUKAUAUAGAAUAGUUCCAGUAAUUAGGUAAAUAGCAUUUAAGUCACRGCAUAUUGUAUUUAAGACUGAUAUUUCUGUUAAUAACAUGUUAAUAAUAUCCAAGGAUGGUUAGUUAAGGUGCCUUAGUGGACGAGAACGUACGCACCUUACAUUAAUUACGUAAUUUUUCUUUUAGACUGCAACAUUAUUAAAAUUAUCAUCUAUUUCAAUAA